AAUUUCUCUGCACAUGAGUGCGCAACAUCUAUUCUAUCUGCUGAUCUCAAGUUCACACCUUUUUUUAGUAAUUUUCUGCGCAAGUGAUAUAUAUCAACCAUAAAAGGGGAGAUGAAUGAACAACUUGUGAAGAAAUGUUUGAUUGGAUUGAUCGCCCUUUCUUUGUUAGGCUCUGUUAUAACGGGAAGUGAAACGGUUUUCAAAGUAGUAUUGUCGGUUCUCGUUGUGUUCGCUCCAUUUGCAGUCGCUUGGUAUAUGAACAACACAGCUGAAAUUCGACGACUCCGUGAAAGGAUCCAAGAUUACCGACCUGGUAAUUGGACGAUCAGAGAUGCAGGGUCUAGCUUCGAAAAACCAUCCAAGGUUAAACUAGGUGUCUUCGGAGUGCAAGACUCAGGCAAGAGUGCCUUUCUCAACUCUCUUCACUUUGCCUACAAAGGUGUAUGGGAGCAGAUCUACAUCGAGAGCAAUACGUUAGGGCAAGGAGGGGAGACUUUAUUCCGAGACCCUGUUAUACUUACCGAUCAGGUUACAACUUUCGAUACACGUGGACUAUCGGAUUUGGGUUAUUACAAAGUUCGGGAUGUAAUGGAUGAAAUCACUGGAAAGCGAGGAAUCGACCCUCGUUCUUGGACAGCUGGAGAAAGGAUCGACUGUCCCAUCUUUAUCCUUAAAUACAACUCUGCUACUGGAAUACAGCAUUGUCGUGAAUUCAUAUCGUCACUUGUACCAAAAAUCAGGCAAGAGUUCGGCUCGUAUCCGAUCAUGGUUGUGACCUUCGCUAACAGCAUCUUGAACCAGAAAGAGAUCGUUGGCGACAUCACCGGAGCUGGUAUGGAGAAGAACAGUCUAUUCUUCAUUGAGAACUACACAGCUUUGAACCACGAGAUGGAUUCUAAGAAACACAUUGCUCUUCUCAAGAUCCUGGAAGCCUGUAUCAAGAGAGCCGAUGAUAACAUCACGUUCCACUGGCGAAAAGAGAAGGAGCCACUGCCCAGAGGGAAAUGUGAGAUAAUGUAGAGAUAUCGCACAUCAAGCCGGGUGAAUGAAUUUUUACAUAAUGAGUACAUACGUCAAGGUCACGUACAUGUACAUGCACGAGAAUGUACGCGACCUUUGUCAAUUUUUUUGUAUUUAUAUUUAUUCAUUUUAUUUCUGGCAAAAGGAGUACAAGAAAUUACAAAUACACGAAAAUUGCAAGACCCAUUGACCGUUGGUCAGGGAUAGACAUAAGGACACUAGUUCCUAUUUAAGUUUCCCCUUCACCGGUUGAUAGUUUAUAAACAUAAUUAUGAACAUUAAAAAUGAAUUAGAAUACGUAGAAUCAAAUUUCAUCAAAACACAU